AUGUCUGCAUGUUUCCCAGGAACCUAUCAAGGCCAAUGGAUGGGUGGGAUGCGUCAUGGUUAUGGCGUCCGUCAGAGUGUUCCCUAUGGCAUGGCCACCGUUAUCCAUUCCCCGCUUCGUACGUCCAUGGCCUCCCUGCGCUCUGAGCAGAGCAACGGUGCAGUCCUCCACGACCUCUCCUCCCCUGUGGACACGCCGACGGGCACUCGUGGUGGUUUCGUCCUCAACUUCCACUCAGACAGCGAGGUCGUCACCGGCAAGAAGAAGGGCCUGUUCCGCCGGGGUUCCCUUUUCGGCAGCCUUAGGCAGUUGCGCAAGUCUGACUCUCGGACCUCUAUCUCCAGCAAACGUAGCUCCGCAAGGAGCGAUGCCACCAUGAGCCGAAUCAGUUCCAGCGACGCCAACUCCACCAUAUCAAUCGGUGAUGGCGAGCUGCCAGACGAGGACCUACCACUGGAGGACCACGUGGACGCGACCACGACUGAGACCUACAUGGGGGAGUGGAAGAAUGACAAGCGUAACGGAUUUGGUGUUUCAGAGAGAUCCAACGGGAUGAAAUAUGAAGGAGAGUGGCUUAACAACAAGCGCCAUGGCUAUGGGUGCACUGUUUUCCCAGACAGCACCAAAGAAGAAGGGAAGUACAAAAAUAAUGUGCUGGUGCGUGGAAUAAGAAAGCAGUUGAUUCCUCUUAAGAAUCCCAAAACCAAAGAGAAGGUAGAUCGUGCUGUGGAGGGGGCACAGCGGGCUGCAGCCAUUGCGAGGAGUAAGGUGGAAAUAGCCGCUUCCAGGACGGCCCAUGCCAGGACAAAAAGCGAGGCAGCAGAACAAGCCUCCAUCUCUGCCGUGCAUGAGUCGGAAAUUGCCAGGGCGGUUGCCAGGGAGCUCUCCCCCAACUUUUACCAGCCAGGACCAGACUACAUAAAACAACAGUCAAAAGAGCCAGUGGAAAUUAAAGAGGUCCCUGUUGAAAAGAAGGAAGAAUCCCCACAUGAUUCUCCUCACUUUUACCGCAAAGGCACAACUCCACCCCAUUCUCCUGUCGCUAGCCCUGCAGCCACUCCUCCCCCCUCACCUGACACUAAGAAGAAGACUGGCCAGAUUGGCAACAGCAUCAGCCACAAACCGAGCAAAGAGGAAAAACCAUCCCGCAAGAUAAGCAAAGAAGAGAAGUCCAGUUAUAAGGCCAGCAAGGACGAGCGAUCUAGCAGGAAGCUAAGUAAAGAAGAGAGGCUAUCCUUCACCGAUGGGCCUAAGACUUCUCAUGCACACAUUGAGGCUCCUCCUAAACCAACUAAAGUUCAGCAACAGGCCCCAGCAACCGCUCCUCCCGUGCAGCCUCCUACUGUUCCAGUCAAUGGCCAGCUCCACUCUGAAUAUCACAGCUACUACGUUAAAGCCACUCCACGGGGCCCUCCACCUCCUGAGCCUGAGGAAGUGGAAGAAGAGCCCAGUGCCCAAGCUCUGGCACGUCUGCCCCCGCAACCCAAGUCUUUCAGCACCCCUACCCCUACUCCUAAGACACCUUCCAUUCGGGACAGCAAGAGCGACCCAAAACUCAGGAAGCAAGAUUCCCUAAAACCAAAGAGCCUUGCAGACACAAAGAAAGCAAGCAUGGAAAUUGCAGAAAGCACAGAAGAAACAGGUCCUAACUCAAUCCUUGUUGCUAUGGUAAUGCUGUUGAAUAUUGGCCUUGCAAUUAUAUUUGUCCACUUUCUGACAUGAUGAUUUUGUUUCUAUGUGAAACCAUGGCAACUGGUACAGUUGCAUUGCCGGCCUUGAAAAGUGAAAAUGGCGCCAGUGAGAAACGGGGGCGGCCGGAGGUGUUUAGGAAUCAGCAUGACACCGAAGAGAAUGAAGAGAGAGGCAUCACUACUAUCAACCUGUCUUUGGCCCUCUUUAGGGCCAACCCUGUCAAUUAGCACUCCUUUGGCUUCUGUAUAAGCAGAAGUGAAAUGUUAUGUCUAGUGAGUUGAAAAAAAAAAAAAACCCAAAGAAAAAAAAAAAAAAAAAAAGGGAAAACGCAACCAAA